GUGGAAUUAUGUAAUUUUUUAUUAAAAAAAAGUCAUCACAUGCCUUCUCCCCUCAAGUCACGUGACCUUUGUGGGCCCCGGUCACUCCCUCGUCUCCCUUUAACCGUCUCUAAAAUUAUUUUUUCAUUUUUGGUUAAUUGUAAAAAUUGUGGUCUCUGUGGGUCCCAUUUGACUUCGUCUUCCUUCUUCCUCCCUUGAAAACGUUAAACCCCUUCCCCUUCUUUCUCCUCCAUUUUCUUCUUACAACGAAUUUCUCUGUUCUAAUGGUGGUUGACGUUCAUUCCUCUGUUUCUCGACUUCCAUUGAUGGAUGGUUCUGAUCAUUCCGAGCUCUCCGGGAACCUUUCCGUUUCCGAUGAAAACCAAUCGAAGCUCUCUGAUAGUGAAUCCCCUUGUUCUGUUUCUUCUUCUGUUUCGUCGUUUGAUUCCGAGAAAACAGAGGAUCCGAUUUACCAUGAUUCAAAACGUAGUAGUGGCGAACUACGCGUAUUGGAGCCUCAUUCUCAGCUUCCUAAACCCGAGCCCCCACCAGGGAUUUCUAUUUCCUCUGCUGGUGAACCGCCGUACAAACGGUCGCAGAGCUUGGCAGAGAAUAUCUCCGUCGAUAUGCCGUCGAUUGGGAAGUUUAUACGGGAGAGAAGCAAUAGUUUAUCGGUAGCGAUUUUCAAACGGAUUUCGUCACUUAGAGAUGAGAACGUCGACACCGACGACAACGGGAAGUCCCAAACCGGCGUUACGGAAAUCAAACUCUCCGGCCUGAAAGUCAUCGUGAAGCUGAAGAGCGAUGAGGAUAAAAACAGAGAACUGAAGGGAAGAAUCAGCUUCUUCUCGAGGUCAAAUUGCAGGGAUUGUAAAGCGGUUAGGAGUUUUUUGAAUGAAAAGGGAUUGAGAUUUGUUGAGAUAAACGUCGACGUUUUUCCUCAGAGAGAGAAGGAGCUGAUGAAGCGGACGGGGAGUUCAUCGGUGCCGCAAAUUUUCUUCAACGAGAAGCUUUUUGGAGGUCUGGUGGCGCUGAACUCGCUGAGAAACAGCGGUGAAUUCGACCGGAGAAUCAACGAUAUGUUGAGCAAUAAAUGCCCCGACGAAGCACCUGCUACGCCGGUGUACGGUUUCGACGAUCCAGAGGAGGAAUCGCCGGACGGAUUACUGGAGAUCGUGAAAUUUCUAAGAUCGAGAUUGCCGAUUCAGGACCGUCUGAUCAAGAUGAAGAUCGUCAAGAACUGCUUCUCCGGCAGCGAUAUGGUGGAGGCGCUUAUUCAGCGCCUUGAUUGUGGGCGUCCUAAGGCGGUGGAAAUUGGAAAGCAAAUGGCUCAAAAGCUCUUUAUUCAUCAUGUUUUUGGGGAGAAUGAAUUCGAAGAUGGGUACCAUUUCUAUCGUUUCCUCGAGCAUGGGUCAUGCAUAUCUUGGUGCUUCAACUUCAGAGGCUCGGUUAACGACAACGAGCCCAUGCCUGCUGCCAUGGUUGCCCAAAGACUAGCCAAGAUCAUGUCCGCCAUAUUAGAAUCCUACGCCUCUAACGACUUUCAACAUGUCGAUUAUCUCGCCGUUAGCAACAGCGAAGAAUUCCGAAGGUACAUAAAUCUAACACAAGAGCUCCACCGCGUGAACCUCAUGGCACUGUCCCACAACGAAAAGCUAGCAUUCUUCUUAAACAUGUACAACGCGAUGGUGAUCCAUGGGUUGAUUAGAUUUGGACGGGUGGAGGGCGUAAUAGACAGAAAAUCCUUCUUCUCGGACUUCCAAUACUUGGUCGGCGGGCAGCCAUACUCGCUCAUUGCCAUAAAGAAUGGGAUUCUAAGAGGCAAUAGGCGGCCACCCUAUUCCUUUGCCAAGCCAUUCAGCAGCGGUGACAAGCGAGCGGAGCUCGCGUUUAGGGAAGUGAAUCCUUUGAUUCACUUUGGACUGUGCAGUGGCACGAAGUCAAGCCCAAGAGUGCGAUUCUUUAGCCCUCAAGGCGUCGAUGCUGAGCUAAGAUGCGCUGCAAGGGAGUUCUUCCAAGCUGGUGGAGUGGAGGUUGACUUGGAUAAAAGAACUGUCCUUCUCACUGGCAUUAUCAAGUGGUUUGGGGUGGACUUUGGGAAUGAGAAAGAGAUAUUGAGGUGGAUAAUGAAGUUCUUGGAUGGGAAUAAAGCAGGGCUUUUGACACACCUUUUAGGAGAUGGAGGUCCAGUCAACAUAGCCUAUCAGAACUAUAAUUGGAGCAUGAAUUCUUGUUGAUGAUCAUCACUUUUUUUUCCUUCUUUCCUCCAUUGCAACGGACAAAAAUCCCUAAGGAUUUUGUUUGUGUGCUUUUUUCAUGGAAGCCAUUAUUGUUGUAGAUAAUCACAAUUUAGUUUCUAUGCUUUCAAUUUUGUGUAAUUUAGCCAUUCAAUUUUGGUGGUUAAUCGUUUCAUUUGAAAUUUUUUAUACAUAAUUAA